CCAUCACCACAGGAAUCUUUGCUCUCCUCCUUCUUAGCCCUCGCUAUUUCUUUCUGUUUGUUUUGUUUUUGUUUUUGUUUUUGUUUUUUUGGCCAGCAUGACGGAACUUGGACGUGUCAUUUGGGGGUAACAAUAGUAAUGGUCCGUUUCAAAUGUACAUUUUUACCGAGCUGGAGUUGAGCUUUCAUUCACAGUCCAAGUGGAUCCACACAGCGGGAUGGAUGCAAAUGGGUAUGCAGUGGUGAAACUUUUUGUUGUGGGUUUGUUUGUCAACGCAUGGAUGAUGGGAGGACUGUCAGCGACUGAGAGUUUCAACAUUGAACCCACGUCCUCUCGGCCGAGGAGAGCAUGCAAUGAGUCCCGCUUGGAGUGGGAAGUGGAGGUCUGUAGUGAAGCCUUCAAACGGGACAUGGCCCACAUAGACCCUCAGCAUUGGUGUAACCUCACACACUUCAUCAGCGAGUACCAUCUCUUCACCCUCUGCACUGAGACCAAAUCCCUUACCGUGCACUGCUACUGGCCCAAUCCACUGGUGGAGAGCUACAUCAUCCGCAUACACAAGCACUUUUUCUCCAACUGCACCAUGGAACAGGUGGCGUGGGUGGAUCCUCCAGAUAACACGCUAACCAUCCUCAUCCUGAUUCCCGUUUUCCUCACUUUAUUUAUGAUUGCAUUGGUGGUGUGGCGCAGCAAGAGGAGCGACAACCUUGCUUAGACAAUAUUGCCUAACCAUCAACGUACACAACAAAGGAAUUUGUUUUGAGUUGAUCAGUUGAUCUGCAAUUCUUGUAAUAAUAACACAAAAACAAAACAGUCUUGUUUUAAUCCGUAGCACAAGUUUACCAACACAACCAAAAACCAUUUUGAUAAGUAAUAAUAAUAAUAAUAAUACCUGGGAUUUAUAUAGCGCUUUUCUAAGUACCCAAAGUCGCUUUACAUGUUACGAACCCAUCAUUCAUACACACCUGGUGGUGGUAAGCUACUUUCGUAGCUACAGCUGCCCUGGGGUAGACUGAGAUAAGUAGAAUAUUUGACUCCAACCAGGCUAUUCUCAGAUUAUUGAAUGCAUGAAAACGUCCAUUAGCAUCUUAAAAGGUUUGUUGAAAGUCUAUGGUGUUCUAUCCGUAGAGCUGUUAAAGCAGAAUUAAGCUCGAGUGUCACGUAGCUUGCAUUAUUGACGCCAGCUCGCUCCUCCCCAUCCAAAGCCUCUUAAGUGCACCUCUAAAAAUAAUCGAGCUUCAGUCGCCAUUGUUUACCACACAACGCUUGCCCAUUGCUUUCAGUGAAGUCAUAUUGAGAAAAUGCUGUAAAAAGGCUAAAACACAAAAAAAGUAACACAAUAGUUUAUGACAGCAUUGACUGAAUGAGCAGGGAGAUUGAUCAGCUCGCCCACAAUGGAUGAGCUGCCUGGCACAAAAUGGUUGUUGCAGGCGCACAAUAGGUGUAUGUAACGUUCGUACAAGGAGACAUGGUCUGUACAACAAAGCUUAGCUAGUAGAGGUGGGAAUCUUUAGGCACCUCAUGAUUAAAUUAAAAGGGGCCAUAGAGGUCGGGCGCAGUGUGAGCUGUGCGGCAGACGAAAGCAGGGCCUUUGGCGGUCCGAUCCUCGGCUACAUAAGCUAGCUCUUGGGACGUGGAACGUCACCUCGCUGGGGGGGAAGGAGCCUGAGCUAGUGCGUGAGGUGGAGAAGUUCCGGUUAAAUAUAGUUGGACUCACUUCGACGCACAGCAAGGGCUCUGGAACCAGUUCUCUUGAGAGGGGCUGGACUCUCUUCCACUCUGGCGUUGCCGGCAGUGAGAGGCGAUGGGCAGGGGUGGCAAUUCUUCAAUUCAAAGCCUGCACGUUGGAGUUCAACCCAGUGGACGAGAGGGUAGCUUCCCUCCGCCUUCGGGUGGGGGGACGGGUCCUGACUGUUGUUUGUGCUUACGCGCCAAACGGCAGCUCAGAGUACCCACCCUUUUUGGAUUCACUCGAGGGAGUACUGGAGAGUGCUCCCCUGGGUGAUUCCCUCGUUCUACUGGGGGACUUCAAUGCUCAUUUUGGCAACGACAGUGAAACCUGGAGAGGCGUGAUUGGGAAGAAUGGCCGCCCGGAUCUGAACCCGAGUGGUGUUUUGUUAUUGGACUUUUGUGCUCGUCACAGAUUGUCAAUAACAAACACAAUUUUCAAACAUAAGGGUGUCCAUAUGUGCACUUGGCACCAGGACACCCUAGGCCGCAGUUCCAUGAUCGACUUUGUAGUUGUGCCAUCGGAUUUGCGGUCUCAUGUUUUGGACACUCGGGUGAAGAGAGGGGCGGCGCUUUCUACCGAUCACCACCUGGUGGUGAGUUGACUGCGAUGGUGGGGGAGGAUGCCGGACAGACCUGGCAGGCCCAAACGCAUUGUGAGGGUUUACUGGGAACGCCUGGCAGGGUCUCCUGUCAGAGAGAGUUUCAAUUCCCACCUCCGGAAGAACUUUGAACAUGUCACGAGGGAGGCGCUGGACAUUGAGUCCGAGUGGACGAUGUUCCGUACCUCUAUUGUCGAGGCGGCCGAUUGGAGCUGUGGCCGCAAGGUGGUUGGUGCCUGUCGUGGCGGUAAUCCUAGAACCCGCUGGUGGACACCAGUGGUAAGGGAUGCCGUCAAGCUGAAGAAAGAGUCCUAUCGGGCUCUUUUGGCUCAUAGGACUCCGGAGGCAGCAGACAGGUGCCGACAGGCCAAGCAGUGUGUGGCUUCAGCGGUCGCGGAGGCAAAAACUCGGACAUGGGAGGAGUUCGGGGAAGCCAUGGAAAACGACUUCCUGACGGCUUCGAAGCGAUUCUGGACCACCAUCCGUCGCCUCAGGAAGGGGUAGCAGUGCACUAUCAACACCGGUAUGGUGGGGAUGGUGUUCUGCUGACCUCGACUGCGGAUGUUGUGGAUCGGUGGAGGGAAUACUUCGAAGACCUCCUCAAUUCUACCAGCACGUCUUCCUAUGAGGAAGCAGGGCCUGGGGAAUCUGUGGUGGGCUCUCCUAUUUCUGGGGCUGAGGUUGCAGAGGUAGUUAAAAAGCUCCUCGGUGGCAAGGCCACAGAGGAGAUCCGCCCGGAGUUCCUUAGGCUCUGGAUGUUGUGGGGCAGUCUUGAUUGACAAGACUCUGCAACAUCGCGUAGACAUCGGGGGCGGUACCUCUGGAUUGGCAGACCGGGGUGGUGGUUCCUCUCUUUAAAAAGGGGAACCGGAGGGUGUGUUCCAACUAUCGUGGGAUCACACUCCUCAGCCUUCCCGGUAAGGUCUAUUCAGGUGUACUGGAGAGGAAGCUACGCCGGAUAGUCGAACCUCGGAUUCAGGAGGAACAGUGUGGUUUUCGUCCUGGUCGUGGAACUGUGGACCAGCUCUAUACUCUCGGCAGGGUCCUGAGGGUGCAUAGGAGUUUGCCCAACUAGUCUACAUGUGUUUUGUGGACUUGGAGAAGGCAUUCGACCGUGUACCCCAGGAAGUCCUGUGGGGAGUGCUCAGAGAGUAUGGGGUAACGGACUGUCUUAUUGCGGCGGUCCGCUCCCUGUAUAAUCAGUGUCAGAGCUUGGUCCGCAUUGCCAGCAGUAAGUCGGACCCGUUUCCAAUGAGGGUUGGACUCCGCCAAGGCUGCCCUUUGUCACCGAUUCUGUUCAUAACCUUUAUGGACAGAAUUUCUAGGCGCAGUCAGGGCGUUGAGGGUAUCUGGUUUUGUGGCUGCAGGAUUAGGUCCCUGCUAUUUGCAGAUGAUGUGGUCCUGAUGGCUUCAUCUGGCCAAGAUCUUCAGCUUUCACUGGAUCGGUUCGCAGCUGAGUGUGAAGCGACUGGGAUGGAAAUCAGCACCUCCAAGUCCGAGUCCAUGGUUCUCGCCCAGAAAAGGAAGGAGUGCCAUCUCCGGGUUGGGGAGGAGAUCUUGCCCCAAGUGGAGGAGUUCAAGUACCUCGGAGUCUUGUUCACGAGUGAGGGAAGAGUGGAUUGUGAGAUCGACAGGCGGAUCGGUGCAGCGUCUUCAGUAAUGCAGACGCUGUAUCGAUCCGUUGUGGUGAAGAAGGAGCUGAGCUGGAAGGCAAAGCUCUCGAUUUACCGGUCGAUCUACAUUCCCAUCCUCACCUAUGAUCACUCGUGAUCUUGUCCUUUCGGUCAUGACCCAAAGUUCAUGACCGAAAGGACAAGAUCACGGGUACAAGCGGCCGAAAUGAGCUUCCUCCGCCGGGUGGCGGGGCUCUCCCUUAGAGAAAGGGUGAGAAGCUCUGUCAUCCGGGAGGAGCUCAAAGUAAUGCCGCUGCUCCUCCACAUCAAGAGGAGCCAGAUAAGGUGGUUUGGGCAUCUGGUCAAGAUGCCACCUGAACGCCUCCCUAGGGAGGUGUUUCGGGCACGUCCGACCGGUAGGAGGCCACGGGGAAGACCCAGGACACGUUGGGAAGACUAUCUCUCCCGGCUGGCCUGGCCUUGGGAUCCCCAGGGAGGAGCUGGAUGAAGUGGCUGGGGAGAGGGAAGUCUGGGCUUCCCUGCUUAGGCUGCUGCCCCCGCGACCCGACCUCGGAUAAACGGAAGAAGAUGGAUGGAUGGAGGUUGCAAGUUACAAAAGCUCCUCUUGGCUGCUGAAGUACGACUUAAUAGGCACAGUGUUGACCUAAAAAAAAUGUUUAGUUUAUUUAUAAUGAUAUUUACAAAAGUCACACAAUGUUAAUCAUCCAUCCGGUCAUUUUCUACCGCUUGUCCCUUUCGGGGCACAUGGGUGCUGGAGCCUAUCUCAGCUGCAUUCAGGCGGAGGGCGGGGUACAUCCUGGACAAGUCACCAUCUCAUCGCAGGGCCAACACAGAUGGACAGACAACAUUCACACUCACAUUCACACACUAGAACCAAUUUAGUGUUGCCAAUCAACCUAUCCCGAGGUGCAUGUCUUUGGAGGUGGGAGGAAGCCGGAGUACCCGCAGGGAACCCACACAGUCACAGGGAGUCCACUCCACACAGAAAGAAAAAUAGCAUAAAAAAAUAUAAUUUUUUUCUUUUUUUUAAAAUCUAUUUUGGAAAAUUAUGAAUCGAUUUCGAAUUGGAAUAACUAAUAAUCGCUAAUCACUAAUAAAUUGAAUGUGAAUCAAUUUUUUGAACACCCCUAAUAACAAGGGUUGUGGUUAACCACUUCAGAAAAGACUGCCCUCUAGUCUUUUGGAAGAGAUUUGCAAGUAAACAAAUGCUGUAAACCAGGGGCUAUUCAAUAAAAUUGCUCUGGACACAACAUUUUCAGAACUCUAAAGACCGGGCAGCCGGAUUUCUCCCUUCACUAUUAUGAAAACCAGCAUCCUCUGUACUGAACUUUUGUUUUUGGGUUAUUUCUUGUUUCUGAGUUACAAAUUUCAGGAUAGCCCUGUUAUGUAAAAUGCCUGGCUUUUAGAUUGUUAAAAUGUCAAUGCAAAGAUUUGCCAAUAUGCUUACACUGUUCCAAGUUCUGUAUACAACAAAAGUGCUGUAGCUGCAAAACAAAUUCCCACGUCUGGUGUUACUGCUGGACCGGCUUUUGCCCCCACACCGCCAGUUGAAUAGCCCUGCUCUAAAUGAACCAAGACACCAUCGGAGUACGCAAGCGACGUAACGCAAGAGCAUAUUUCAAUCUUUAGAACACAAAAGCUGUGUCAAUUCUAUUGUUGGCAUUGUGGCAAAAUGGGUAAUAAAACUAAACCCACUGGCCAUAAUAUUGGCACUGCUGAGAAACACAAAUGCUUAUUGUAUUUAUGAGUGGUCUCAGGGCUAAAACACAAGAAUUAAAAACAACCUGCCUAAUUUUGUCUUUGUUGAUGUCUCUGACAUCAAUUGACCUUCCAAAUAAAAGCCCAAUGUGUCCCUUUCACAUGCCAAAGGUGUAACGUGCCAAGAGUUGAGAGAAAGCAAUUUAGGAUUUGAAUUCACUGCAUUCCAGUUUAUACUCAAGCAGUUAUUACACAAGAGCAGACGUGAAGUUGGCUUCAAUCAAAAGUUUGUUUUGUACUAAACAGUUCAUUAGAUGCACGUUAGUAAGAGUAAUGUAUAUUUGCCAAAACUAUUUAUUGUAUUUCCCUUAGAGGUAUCCAGUGGUUUAAAAAGUAUGAUCUGGUGAAGACUUUGAACCUUUCUAUGGCCAGCUGGACAUUCAAAGUGACCAGUGAGCAUGGAGGGUAAUGUCAGAAGCACUGUAUCCCAGCUAAAGGCCAAAGCAUCCCAGUGACCCAAUUCUUUCAACUCUUGGAAAUAAGAUUCCCAGCGGACUGAAUCUGUUGAGUAUUUUUAACAUGAAACACAACAGGAUGAAAAGAAGCCCAAACUUGGACAAAAAAGACAUUCUGGAAGUUUCCACCCCCCUGUUGGAUUACUGAAGAGACAGUCGCCAGUGCAAAGGACACACAGACAAUACUACGAUUCAACUAGUUUGAGUCUUUUGUGGCUGUUUUAUACAAGUGUAACUUGUUAUAUACUGUUGAAUAAAAUACUGUAAACACUGAGAUGUUUUAAUGUAGCUGUGAUCCUCAGUCUGUGCCUCACUUGUGUCAAUAAAAGGUAAAUAUUACUGUUUUUACAAAAAUCAUCCCAGUUUGACAUUUAAUGUUCACCCCUCGUUUAGCUAUAUUCCAGCUGGAUUGUUUA